AUGAGACUAAACACUAAACGUUCACAGUUUUAUUCGAACACUAAAAAAUCACUAUGUGGUUAUAGUGUGGACAUUCGGUAUAGGUGCGAUCCUCUAACUGUGCGAUCCAAUAACGAAUCCCUCGACCGACCCGGCUCCGUCCGGUACGGCGUGAAUUGCUGCCAUGACUUAGCUUCAAACCGUCAACCCCACCCGCACGCUGGCUACAACUCAGCUCCCGUAUUCAUGACCGCGCGUUUCGAUAAACUCAGCUCCCGUAUUCAUGACCGCGUCUCCGACAUAUAUUUAGGUUAUAAUAGUAGUAAUAUUUGCAAUAUUAUAACUAACAUCAAGCAAUGUGGUUACAACGUAUUGCGUUAUUAUCGUCUAGAUUCCGAUUCGUAA